UGUGUGUGCAGUGCCCGGACGAGGAGAGACUCGUAGCAGUUAGUGUGGCUGUCUGGCGCGCCGUGCCCUGGACACACCUGGUGCAGUAGAACAACAGCCGGCAGUGACGACGACGACGGUAUUAUACUACACGGAGUUGAGUAGUAAAAAAGAAGAAGAAAACAAAACAAAAAAGUGUGCAAAGUGCCGCGAGUGUGCGGCCUGUGUGAAAAGAAUAGGCUUCCAGUGGGUGGACGAGGGCAUCAAGUAUAAGCUCGAGUAUAGUAACAGCGUCGCCAUUGCAGCGUGCGCGUAUUACAGGAGGCACCGGGAGGCCGCCCUGCACCUGGACACGGAGUACCUGCUCCCCUCGAUCUACCUCCUCCCUUAUUCGGAUCGCACUUUUUUCGCGCAAAACUAGUGAUCGUGCGACUACGUUGAAACAUCAUCACCCUCGUUUCCUCUUCUCCUUCCUUCCACUCGUUUGCUGCUACUCCUUUCUGCGAGCACCCCGGAAACAGGAGCACGUGCGCGUGUGGCAGCCGUGCGAAAGCUGCACUCUCGAGACCAUCAUCGAGGAACACCGUGCCCAGAGAAAGAAACAGGUGGCAGCGUUCGGGUAGCAGCCGUGAUGCAGUGGAGGUUCAGCGGUGCCUACCCUGAAACCGAGCUGGAGUCCUCAGCAUCGCCACGGCUAUUGGUGUGACGACGAGGCAGCAACAGCCAGUCAGUCACUCACUUUCAGACCCGUUGUGUUGAGAACCUUCGCCGUUUUAGUUCUUCUUCGUCGAGAGUAGUCUCGUUGUCGUUGCUUCUGCUGGUGGUCACGCUGCUAGUACGAGCGCGACCUCGAGCCAACGCAGCAGGGGCUGCACAAAAUUCAUUUACCCGUGGGCGCGUCUGACCGAUGGACAAACGUAAGAUGAUGCCCAAACGACCUCGUAUGGAGAACCUUAGGGGCCCAAUAAGCAACGGGCCUAUCCAGACCAGGCCCUUGGUGGCGCUUCUCGACGGGCGCGAUUGCUCCAUUGAGAUGCCCAUUCUCAAGGAUGUUGCCACCGUGGCCUUCUGUGAUGCACAGUCCACGUCUGAAAUUCACGAAAAGGUCUUGAAUGAGGCAGUGGGUGCUCUCAUGUGGCACACUAUUAUUUUGACAAAGGAGGAUCUUGAAAAGUUCAAGACCCUCAGAAUUAUUGUGAGAAUCGGUUCAGGAGUUGAUAACAUAGAUGUCAAAGCUGCGGGUGAACUUGGCAUUGCUGUGUGCAAUGUGCCUGGCUAUGGUGUUGAAGAAGUGGCCGACACGACAUUAUGCCUCAUAUUGAACCUAUACAGACGUACAUAUUGGCUGGCAAAUAUGGUUCGUGAAGGCAAAAAAUUCACAGGACCAGAACAAGUGAGAGAAGCAGCGCAAGGCUGUGCUAGGAUAAGGGGUGACACACUUGGUAUAGUAGGUCUCGGUAGGAUUGGCUCUGCUGUUGCUUUACGUGCAAAAGCUUUUGGUUUCAAUGUUAUAUUCUACGACCCCUAUCUUCCUGAUGGUAUUGAGAAGUCCCUUGGCCUCACUAGGGUUUAUACGCUACAGGAUUUACUGUUUCAAUCAGACUGUGUAUCUCUACACUGUACUUUAAAUGAGCAUAAUCAUCAUUUAAUUAACGAAUUCACCAUUAAACAGAUGAGACCGGGAGCAUUUUUAGUAAACACAGCUCGUGGUGGAUUGGUGGAUGAUGAUGCAUUAGCUUCUGCGUUAAAACAAGGUAGAAUUCGUGCUGCUGCUCUAGAUGUCCACGAAAACGAACCAUACAAUGUCUUUCAGGGUCAGUCUUCACAGUGUCCACUAAAGGAUGCACCAAACUUGUUGUGCACGCCACAUGCUGCAUUUUACAGUGACGCAAGUUGCACGGAACUCCGCGAAAUGGCCGCAAGUGAAAUACGGCGAGCAAUUGUCGGUCGUAUACCAGAUUGUUUGAGAAAUUGCGUCAAUAAAGAAUACUUCCUAUCUUCUACUGGCAGCUACCCGGAGGGCAUCAACGGCGGCUACUACGCGGGCGCUCUGCCGGUGCAGCAGGCCCACUCGACGACCCCGCACGACUCGGCGCCCCCGCCUCCAGGCGGCGGACACUCUAUUGUCCAGGGACCCGCAGCCCCAUCACCGGCCGGCGGCCCGUCUCCCUCUCUUCGUCCUGUUUCGGACAAAGUCGAGGCCGGUCCGCCACCGGCCGUACAUCUUGGUCCGCACAUGGUCAGUGAUCAGGAUCCUCGGCCGAGCCCGCCCGCUCCAAGUCCGCGUUGACAAGUUGGUUGAGUUUGCUCUCGCGGAUCCGAAUGCAGCAAGUUUGUCUUACAACAACAACAAUCAACAAACAUCACCAUUACCAACCUUCAUUACCAUCACCACCACCACCACCACCACCUCGACAACUAUCAACAACAACCACAACUACAACACCACGACAACCGCUACAAACAAGAUCUCCAUCGUCUUCUACUUCAUCGUCGCAAUUAUCGUCGAGCCCAAAUAAUAAGUUGACUACAGUGACUUGAGUCAAAGAAUGACGGGGUUCAUCCAGAGCCCACUCAACACACACACACACACACAUACACACACGUUGACAUUAAUAAAUAUUACAUAUAUAUACAUACAGACAGACUUACAGACAGACGUGUCCCAACGCAUGUGACACAUGUAGCGAUCGUGAGAGAAAAUAAAAAAGAGCGGGAUGUUGAGUUGUAAGAAUGUUUCGUUUCGCCGAUCUGCGCUCGAGACCAACUGCUCCGUGCCGACGACUGAAAGCGCUUUCAUAGACUCUUGUUUUUUUUUUUUUUUUUUUUUUUUUUUUUUUUCUCUUUUCUCCUUUUUUCUUUUUAUUAAAAGUAAGCAGCGUUUUUUCAAAUGAAUUUCAACCAUUCAAAUUCAUGCAAUACUGAUGUGAAUAUUUUUUAUCAUCCACACGCGCGUUUUGAGUUGACGGGUCACGGAGUUGCCGUUUUAUGAUUUGCGAUGCGAUUCAUUGUGUAUUCCUUGGGGUAAUUUUUAGUUGAAAACUUGUUAAAUAUCUUAGGCGUAUUAUAACACUUGGUUGUAAUAUACCUAGGGUAUUUCAGGUGUCAAAUGAUAUUUGUCACUUAUCCAUGUGUGAAGUAAUUUUCUUGACAAAAAUAUUUCAUUUUUCUUUCAAGUAGAAGACUGUUGUGUCAAUAAUUCAUUAUUAUUAUCACAUAUUAUUAGUAAUUUUUUGUUCAAUCAAUCCAAUAUGAAUAAAUAUUCUACACAUUUAUAGAAAAUAAAGUCCGAGCAUAAGUGAGACAAUCUAAUGAGAAUAUUUCAUUUGAAAUUUUUUACCUGUCCUAGUUUUGUUAUAAUUUUAUGUGCCCACAGCGAAUUUUAUAAAUAAGUUUGUAACUGCAGUCUGCGACUACUACUUAUAUUUUCGUGAAAAAUAUUGUAAAAUCGUACCCCGAACCUUUUUGAAAAGAUCAAAGCUGUGCCACAGUGUCUUUAGGUCGAAACAAAGAAUUUUUAUUGUAUGAAUCGAUGGCUCGUCAAAUUUUGAAUGACGCUGAAUUAUCACUAAGUAUUCAUGUGCAAAAAGUUACGAAAACAAAAAUUUUUUUUUCCACAGUUUUAAUCUUCUUUCUAUGAUUUCUGAUAAACAAAAUAUUUCAUACUGAUAUUGUGAUUCCUUAUUCUCUGGAUAUUUCGUAGUUGAAAAGCAAAAAAAAAAAAAAAAAAAAAAGAAAGAAAAAGAAUGAAUUUCACUUUUCAUUUUCAUUAUGAAUAUUAUUUUAAGCUUUUAAGGAGCGAACGAACUGUUUGACUGUGCGUGAAAGUUAUAGAUUUAGCAAUGCGUAUGUAAAAAAUGAACUGUCUGUACACGCUAUCAGCAGAUUUUAAUGGUAAUUCAAUGAUUAUAAGAAUAUAAAAUAUUUUUUUUCGAUUGAAAGUACUGUAAAGUAGAAUUAAAGAAGAAAAAAAAAUUGAAAAAUAAUAUUCUUUGAUUUUAGUUGGUGUUUCUAGGGAAGGGAAAAAUAAUAAAAACGUGAAGUAAACGAUAUCGAUCAAUGACAGUGACGACUACGAUAAUAUUAAUGAGUAAUAAAAAGUAAAUGUGCAAGAACUCACAUAUCGAUUCGGUUUCAAGUGAAAUGUACUGUUGACGAAAAUAACUUUAAAUUUUACCUCCAGUAAUUUAAACGAGAGGUUCUUCUGUGAAAGACCAAUUUUGUUGUUGAGAUGAUAUCUCUUAUUUGAAACAUUAUUUCUCGAGCGCUAAAAUCUUGAAACGAACGAUCGCAGUAAUAACUUUAAACUCAUUAUUUAUAUGAAAUUUAUAUAAAUAAAAAUCAUCACAUUAAAAAUAAAGACUUUUUCAUGUA